UCUGGGAAAACCCCUUCUUGUUUGCCCUGUGUAUAAAAGGAGGGCGGUGUAGGAGUCGCCGCAGUUCGGGGGUUUUACCGUUCAACUCGCGUCAAGUCUUCUACUCCAGUCCGGUCCGGACGGCGAUUCAAGUUCAAGUUUCUCUGUACCUAAAGGAGUAAACAUCCCAGACAUGCGUCUUCUGCUCUUUGCUGCGUGUGUCGCGCUAGUCUGCGCAAGUGCAGACGCCUGGUUCGGUGGCGUUGGGGACGCCGUGAGCCGAGGCUUUGACAGGGCGAGAGAGGCCGUGGGGUCGGCUGUGGACAGGACUAGAGAGGCAGCACAGGGCGCUGGGGACAUGUACAGCGCUUACAGAGACAUGCGCGAGUCGAACUGGAGGAACUCCGACAAGUACUUCCACGCCCGGGGGAACUACGACGCCGCUCAGCGGGGGCCGGGUGGCAGGUGGGCCGCCGAGGUCAUCAGCAACGCCCGGGAGGGAUACCAGAGCGGCCUUAGCGGCCAGGGAGAGGAGGACACCCGUGCGGACCAGGAGGCUAACAACUGGGGCAGGAACGGCGGAGAUCCCAACCGCUACCGCCCGGAGGGACUGCCCGACCGCUACGAGUGCGGUGAAGAAGUCGCCGCAGUUCGGGGUUUGCACCGUACAACUCGCGUCAAGUCUUCUACACCAGUCCCGCCCGGACGGCGAUUCAAGUCAAGUUUCUCUGUACCUGAAGCUGCACAUAUCCCAGACAUGCGUCUUCUGCUCUUCGCUGUGUGUGUUGUGCUAGCCUGCGCAUGCGCAGACGCCUGGUUGUUCGACAGAGCUGUAGAAGCUGUACAGGGCGCGGGGGACAUGUACAGCGCUUAUAGGGACAUGCGCGAGUCGAACUGGAAGAACUCCGACAAGUACUUCCACGCCCGGGGGAACUACGACGCCGCUCAGCGGGGGCCGGGCGGCAGGUGGGCCGCCGAGGUCAUCAGCAAUGCCAGGGAGGGAUACCAGAGCGGCCUGAGCGGCCAGGGGGAGGCGGACACCCGUGCCGACCAGGAAGCGAACGAGUGGGGGCGGAACGGCGGCGAUCCCAACCGCUACCGCCCGGCGGGGCUACCCGACCGCUACUGAUUCCACUACCUGGCGUCCGGGACUGUGAGCUCAGGACAACAUCACUUCUUAAGAUGGCCUUAAGAAUGCCAACAAGAUACCAACAGUUAUAGAAGUUUGCGGAAGUAGCACCUGUAAUGUGUGUCUAUGUAUCUAUACGUAAUACUACUACUACAAAUGUUUCUGCUUCUUUUAACGUUAACAAACGCGAGUGAUAUAGAUCAGCCAAUGUCAGCUAACCGACAUGAAAUGUAAUGAAACAUGUAAUGUGCUUCUAUUCCGCAGAAUGCAGCACCUAUUUUAGGAGUGUACGUACAUUGUUUCCAUAUCGAACAGUCUUUGUAGGCCAAAUAUAGUGCACGUGUAAAUGAUUAUAUACCCCUUUCUCGAGUUGCAAUAAAAUGUAAUAAUGCAAUAACAA